AUGGCUCGGUCACAGAAGUUGGUCGCGGCUUUAAGUCUGGCCUCGUCGUGGAUGCUAUGUUUGGCGCAGGAUAACCCAACUGGCGCAUCAGCCUUUCAAUGGACUUUUGGCAGCAACAUGAUUUCGACGGACUUGACGCAGUGUAAAACGUAUGGCCUUUCCAUCAUGGCGCUCCCCACCAAUUCCAGCAGCUUUGGAACACCCCCAUACUACAUGAUCGCGUGGAAGCCGGAUGGCAUUCCAACUGUCUCUUCCAUUGGAUCGGACCGUAAUAAUUUAUCCUGGACCGUCAAUCUUGCGAGUGGUUCCACACUUCUUGUGACAGUCACCGAUAGCCAAGGGUUUUCCGGUGGAGAGUCACCAUACCUUUACACUGUUUCCGACGGCGAUUCGAGUUGCCUUCCUUCACCACCCUCGACGAACAUCACAUUGGCCGCAAAUCUUUCUACGUCAGAUCCUUUAGAAACAUGCGAGCUACUGGGUUUGCGUGUUUUUGGUGGCCAAAAGCCAUACACUAUUUCUAUCGCAGCCGUAAACUCGCCUGUAGUCACCAAUGUGACGUUGGGCGGAAAUGACGACGUGUUGACUUGGCCAAAUCGAGCUGAUCCAGAUGGUCAAGUAAUGGCUUCCGUAUCAGAUGCAAAUGGGGUAUGGGGUACGAGUACUGGAUUAUUCAAGACUACUGGACAGGCUGUGACGGAUCAGUCGUGCACACUAUCAACCCAAUCGGGGAACUCAGCCAAUGUUGAUCAAAAUCCGCCGCAGCCGUCUAAAUCACACGCAGCAGUCAUUGCUGGUGUGAUUGUACCUGUCGUUGUCCUAAGUCUUCUCGCUGGGUUAGGAUACUACCUCUGGCGCAAACGACAGCAGAAGCAACGCGAACCUGAACCUGCUUUCCUGCCGGACGCGUGGAUGGGCCCGUCCAUCAUGGAGACAGGAACAGGUGCAGCGUCAACUUAUUCCCCGUAUGAUCCUCCACCAAGUGCAAAGCUUGCGCGAUAUCGUGACGAGAUGAGCGCUACCCAUUCCCGCACCUCAUCGAGCCAAAAUGCGAUAGGAAUGGGAUACCUUUCACCGACGAUGCCUGGGAUGGUCCGGCAGUCCACGUUCGAUGGACAUAGCGGCAGUCUGUCAGGGUCGUACUCGCAUACCGGCUCUGCAGGAGGUGGAAAGAGUGAUCCCCGAUUACCGCCAGGUGUUUCGAGCGAAUGGACAGUUGAGCCUGAAAUCGUUAUUCAGCAUCAGGACGCCGGUGCUGUACAAGAGAUUCCGCCUCCAUACCAAAAUCACAAUGCUGCUCCGGCGCAAUCAACCGGUCCCGCUGCGCCUCCUAGCUCAGCCGGGUUGAGUGUUGUGGACUCCUCGACUGCCACGAGUCGACCGUCAAGCUCCGGUGAUCAAUCCGCUGGAAGCUCCGCACCUUUACAUCCCACUCCGACUCUGAAUAAAGGGAAAGGAAAAGCAACGGACCUCCUUACGUAG